GAUCAUAAUGAUCUGUUGUUGUAAAUUACUGUUACAUACCGGUAGUUGUUGUAUACAAUCCAUCAGAAAUAUGACAAUCCCAAGUAAGAACGGCUUACAUUAACCUUCAGAUAGUAAUUAAUAAACACGAGUUUGUCAGGUGGGCUUUAGAUCAAAUCGACUCACCAAUUUCUGAUAAAUUCCAACAACUAAAAAAUGCAUAUUGGCAGAUUUAAGAAGUGUAGCUAUUUAUCAUGUGAAAACUGUAUAAAUCAAAUGAAAAUUCAAACAAAAAUAGCCACAAGUUAUUCUGUAGGACUUGUGCGUGCCAAUCAAUACGCAGAUAAUGUGUUUUUUUGCUUGUCUCUGACACAAUACUUCAAUAUUUCCUAUGUUUUAUUUUAUGACUAUUUUUCCCUACUGGUUCUGAAUGCAUCAUGAUACUUGCUGCGGCCCCUUUAACUCCAAUCUCCCGCGUCCCAAGUUAAGCGGAAAUAGAAAGCCUUUUUUCUCUAUUUAAGCGCGCCAACAAAGACUGUCAGGAGAGAUAUCGGUACUCCGCUCACCACACAGCUUUUGUUGUCUCUCGCCCCUGUCUCUACUGUCGUCCUGUAAAAAUGCCAGAGGAAGCGGCCACAGCGUCAAGCUCUGGGAGUGCGGAGGAGAAGCCAUGCUCUUCAUCAGCAGCUGCAGCAGCAGACAGCUCUGUUGAUGUCGCGGAGGAGGCAAAGAAGCUGAUUGGCACAGGGAACAGGCAUCUGGUGAUGGGAGAUGUUGUUUCUGCUGUCAGUGUCUUCCAGGAUGCCUGCAGCAUGCUGGCUGCAAGGUAUGGGGAGACUGCUGAAGAGUGUGCAGAGGCUUUCUUCCUUUGUGGGAAGUCACUACUUGAGCUUGCCAGGAUGGAGAACAGUGUUCUUGGUAAUGCCUUGGAGGGAGUCCCGGAAGAGUCUGAGGAAGAGGAGCAGCCUGACAGCUCAAACAUUGAAAGUGCCAACAAUCUUGAUGAAAAAACUAGAGAUGAGCUACGAAAGCAGGUGUAUGAUGCAAUGGCAGAGAAGGCAACGACUGAGGCCGUUGACACCAAGCUGGAGUCUGAGAAUGGAAAGGGAGACACUAAGGUGAAAGAAAACGGUGUGGGCAAGUCUCCAGCCAAACAUGUUAAUGGAUCAGAGGAACAUUCAAGUUCCACUAUGAAUGGGGAAGCGGAGAGUUCAGUCCAGAAAGCUGAAGUGAAUGGAGCGAAGAGCCCAGGAGCUCCUGUGAACGGUGUGGGGAAGAGUCCUACUGCGUCUCCUGAAAAAGAAGCUGUGAAAGAGAAGGCAAUGGCUUCAAAAGCUCAGAAUGGCGACAAGACUGAAGGAAAAGAUGAGGAAUCCAAGCCAGAGGCUGAACAGGACAAUGAGCAAUCGGGGGACAACGAGGAACCAGAGGGCAAUGAGGAUGACAGUGACGAUGAUGAUGACGAGGAUGGAGAGAAAAAUGGAGAGGAUAAGGAAGAGGACGAAGUUGGGAAUUUGCAGUUGGCAUGGGAGAUGCUGGAGGUAGCUAAAGUCAUCUACAAAAAGAAGGAAGGAAAAGAGGACCAGCUAAUGGCAGCCCAGUCAUAUCUGAAACUUGGAGAAGUCAGCGCUGAAUCAGGAAACCAUCCCCAGGCGCUCGAAGACUUCCAGGAGUGUCUUACCCUGCAGCUGAAGCACUUGCCUCCCCACAGUCGUCUGCUGGCAGAGACUCACUACCACAUCGCCACAACACUGUGCUACAUGGAUCAGUACAACCAGGCAAUCCAGCACUACAACAGCUCCAUAAAGGUCAUUGAGGCCCGCCUGGCCAUGUUGCAGGAGUUGAUUGACGCAGCUGAUGGUGCUGCAGAAGAUAAGACCGAGAUGGAGGAGCUGAAGCAGCUUCUGCCUGAUAUCAGGGAAAAAAUUGAGGAUGCCAAGGAGAGCCAGAGAACGGGCAGCAUCGCCUCCCAGGCCAUCCAGCAGACACUAGGCGGAGCCUCAACCUCCUCUGCAUUCCCAUGUGAAAAUGGCGGGGCUUCAUCAUCUUCAGCGUUUGCAACAGCCAGCCAGAUCCAAGUUAAAUCGUCGUCUGAGAGCACCUCCGUCUCAAACAUUUCCCACCUCGUCAGGAAGAAGAGGAAACCAGAGGACGAGAGCCCAGUAAAGGACACUGAUGCUAAACAAGCGAAACAGGAAGCCACAGUUAAUGGCAGCGCUGACUCUAGUGCCAGCAACGGCAAUGGUGUCCAGGAGGGAAAAUCACAGGAGUCUGCCAACCAGUCGGCCUCUGUGGGGUCUUCAGCGUGACCGUCCUCGUCCGUCUCCUGAUCUUCAAAACCAGCACAGCAUGCCUGUCCAGCCCCUCUCCACCUUCAACACUUUUGUUUCUGUAAAUAAGAUCCAUUUUCAUAGAUUUGUCUGUUCAGUUUUGUAUACUUGUAGUAAAAUAAUAAACAAUUUGCAGAUGUAA